GCGUCGGGCUUUUUAAUAGAGAGGAGGAGAAUAAUAGCUUUGGGGAAUGUGUAAGUAGCGACCUGGGACUACGGGUAGUGUUAGGCAAAGCGGCAUUGUUGUGUACUGUGAAUUUACGUCACGUGGAUUAGUGGGUGAAGUUUGCACUUCCGAGGCAGUCUGUCCAAUCGUUGCACGGCUGUACCGGGAGGAGAACUGUGAAAGAGCUAGCAGUGCAGAAAGCUGUGUAGGGCAGAGAAGAUGCUGGCACCAUAGCAACCGCAAUUCAUUCCCAAGUGUGCAGCUCACUUAUAUCAGGGGGCCCGGUAAUCAAACAGGAGUCAUGGCCCGUUUCCAGAUGCCUGACUUACCAGUCUUGAAUGAGUCUUCUGACCUCAGAGAGGCUAUCAAGCACUUUAUUACUGCAGUAGAGUCAAUGUGUAAGGAGUUUUCCAAAAUCAAGGCUGAAGUAGUAUGUAUCGCUGUGUACGAUCACGAAACACUAAUAACUGGCAGUGAGAAAGGAAGGUCAUUUUUAGAUGCAAGAAAGGAUUUUCAGAAAGCCUUUUUUCAGUACUGCAAGUUGGAGGAGGAGAACACCCCAGAACAACAUGUCAUUAAAAGUUCUAAGGCAACAACAGACUGUGCAGAAAUUGAAACUUUACAAAAGUCUGUGGAGGACUUGUUUUGUAUUUGUUAUGGUAAAGCUUUAGGAAAAUCAACCCCAGUGCCUGUGCCAUAUGACAAGAUGAUAAGAGACCCAACUGCUGUUUUAGUAUCUGGACUCCCCAAGGAUGUAUCUGUUAAAGACCCAUCUAACUAUGACCAUCAGACUGUAACCCAGAUACUACACAACAAAUCACAAGUAUCAUUCACUAUUAAAAGGCCUUUUCUUGAUCGGAAGAAAUCAGAGGAGAAUACGGCUACAGAUCAUAAUGAUGCCUCUGUCUCUGAGAGCUACAAUAUGGUGCAAGUGAAAACAGAACCCAGCAACGAUUCUGAAAGUUCACUUGAGCUGACCACUGUCACAGUAAAGGAAGAAAUAGAAGAUCAAGACUACUAUCAGUUUAAUUUCCAAGGUUAUGAAUAUGGCGAGGAGUCAAAUGAAGCAACUGCAGUGGAACAAAGAGAAGAUCCAGCUGUGCAAGUACCUUCUGAAACAAGUGAGGACCCAGAAGUUGAGGUCACUAUAGAAGAUGAUGAAUACGUCCCACCUAAUAAGAAGCAAAAGAGCACAGAAAUUGUUAAUGAACCACCACAAUUUAAACGAAAAACCCGGGAAUUUAACUUUGAAAAGUGGAAUGCUAGAAUUACCGAGCUAAGAAAGCAGGUGGAAGAAUUGUUUGAGAAAAAAUAUGCUCAAGCUAUUAAUGUGGCUGGCCCUGUCACAAUUCCAUAUCACAUUUUCCAGUCCAAUACUGAAGACCUAUAUGUUGAAGGGUUACCAGAAGGAAUUCCAUUCAGAAGGCCUUCAACAUAUGGAAUUCCACGCCUCGAAAGGAUAUUGCUAGCAAAGGAAAGAAUAAGAUUUGUCAUUAAAAAACAUGACUUGUUGAAUGCGAAAGACAUAAUGCCGCUUGAAAAACCCAAUACAGGAGUGAAAGAAGAAUGGUAUGCUAGAAUAACGAAAUUAAGAAAAAUCGUUGAUCAGUUGUUCAGUAAAAAGUUUGCCGAGGCUUUAGGCAAAACAGAAGCUUUAGCUGUGCCAUAUCAGAAAUUUGAAGCAAACCCGGCUGAAAUGUAUGUGGAAGGGUUGCCUGAUAAUAUCCCUUUUCGUAGUCCUUCCUGGUAUGGGAUUCCAAGACUGGAAAAGAUUAUUCAGGUUGGGAACAGGAUCAAAUUUGUGAUUAAAAAACCAGAAUUGCUGACACAGUCUGUAGCAGAGUCAGCCCAAAACAGAGCAAAUUCAGGAGUGAAAGAAGACUGGAAUGUGAGGAUUACUAAAUUAAGAAAGCAGGUAGAGGAGAUCUUCAAUACUAAAUUUGCACAUGCACUGGGACUCCCUGAAGCAGUUAAAGUGCCGUACCCAGUAUUUGAAUGUAACCCAGAGUUCCUGUAUGUCGAAGGAUUGCCUGAGGGAAUUCCCUUCCGGAGCCCCACAUGGUUUGGGAUCCCUCGGCUAGAGAGAAUUGUUCGAGGAAGUGCGAAGAUUAGAUUUAUAGUUAAGAAACCUCAGCUGGUUGCAGCACACAUUCCUUCUGAAUUGGUUGACAAAAUAAAUAUUGAUGUAUCACAAUAUACAGGGAGUGGAAGCAAUCCUGGAAGUAAACCACCUGAAGCAGCAGUUGAUGGUGAUAUCUCAACAAAUAUCAUACAAACUCCUCCUGCCCAGACUCAUAGUUCCAGUAUGCCUUUCAAACCUCGGGGGAGAGAAUUUUCUUUUGAGGCAUGGAAUGCCAAAAUUACAGACCUGAAACAAAAAGUCGAAGCUCUAUUUGAUGAGAAGUGCGGGGAGGCACUUGGCCUUAAUGAGCCUUGUAAGGUUCCAUUUGCAUUGUUUGAAUCAUACCCAGAGGAUUUCUAUGUGGAAGGCCUUCCUGAGGGUGUUCCCUUCCGCCGGCCGUCCACAUUUGGUAUCCCUAGACUUGAGAAGAUUCUCAGAAACAGGGCAAAAAUUAAAUUUGUUAUAAAAAAACCUGAAAUGAUUGAAAAUGCUGCCAAAGAACAACCUCCAAAUUUUGCACCAAAAAGGGCAGGAACCCCUAACAAUGCAUUUACAGCUUCUGGACUUGAAGAUCUAAAUAUAAUCCAAGUGACAAUUCCAGUUUCCUUUUCUAUUGCAGAUGCAGACAAUGAAAGAACAGUUAAAGUAGACAAAGCCCGACAGCUAAGAGAGCAAGUCAAUGAACUGUUCAGUAGAAAGUUCGGAGAAGCCAUUGGCAUGAACUUUCCCGUAAAAGUCCCUUACAGGAAAAUUACAACCAACCCAGGAUGCGUGAUCGUUGAUGGAAUGCCACCUGGAGUUACAUUCAAAGCUCCCAGUUACCUUGAAAUGAGUUCUAUGCGUAGGAUUCUGGAUUCAGCUGAAAUUAUUAAGUUUACAGUGAUCAGGCCUUUUCCAGGGCUGGUACUUAACAACCAACUUCCAGAAGAAGGUGAAUCCGGACAAUCAGCAGAAAAUGCUGAUAGAAGCCAAACUGAGGAAUCUGCAGUAGAAGGCUCAACAGACACAUACAACGUAACUCUUAUAAAGCAAGAACCAGAUCCUACGUGGUAAUCAUCAGAUUUUUCAGCUAAAGACAAGAUUGUGGAGAGGAACCCUUGGAAUGUUUAAUAUAGUUGAAAAAACCAAGCGCAAUAUGGACCAUUUCAUCAUCUUUUAUAUUUUUUUUAUUUAGACAGAAACGUACAUUGUUUUUUCUCUGCAGGUCUUUGAAAUGGAUAAUAAAGGUCUGUGGUGAAAUAAAGGGCAUCGUUUGGAUAGGAAAGUCUCAUUUGCUAGCUGAAAAUUCAUCAUGUUUCUCUGUUCUCAAUACCUCGAUUGUAUUUGUUUUAGGUUUUUUUUCUUUGUAUGGCUCACAAUCAAGAAAAACUUCCCAGGAGGCCUUGAUAGUGGAAAACAGACAAGGAAACUGCUGGUGUAGUGCUCACCUGGUUUUCAAAUAGACUAUUUUUCCUAAGCAUUGUUUAUAACAGUAUUUUUGCCACUUAGGACACUGCAUGUGUUAAUUAUUUUCUCCCAUGACUUGCCAAUGAUCUCAGCAGUUGUGCAGUUUAAGUUUCUGUGCAGAAUGAAUUGAAUGGCUUUUGAGAUAUAAAAUAUCAGAUCCAGAAACAUGAAAGACAUUUUGCCUUUAUCACUGGAAGUCAUUCUCCCUUCUCCUACACUAAACACCAAUAAACUGGCUGUUUUGUUUUUUUUAA